AUGUUAGUGGCAAUUCCGAGGAACCCCGCGAGACGAGGCAAAGAGAAGAGAGGUGCUUCUGAUUCGUGCUGCGCGGCGGCGUCGCCUUCCCCGAGACAGGCAGGACGCGGAUGGUACUACUAUGAGAGAAAUCACUCGUCGGGAUCUCAUCUCCCUGAAAGCGAUCCCCGCAUCCUAAUCCAGCAAGGAAAUUAACCAUCAUGAUGGCUUCUGAUUGCAAUGAACCCCGUCUAUAAAUUAAGCUUCAUCCAGGUGCUUGCGUGAGAGAUCAGGCACAGUGCGCAACUGUACGCGCAGGCUCGUUCUGUCUAACGAUCGGUGCUGAAGAAUUCCACAGUAUCUAGCGGUUUAGUGAAUAUAAUAUAAUCGUAGAUUGAUUGAUUAUUAGAGAAAGAAAGAAAGCUUGGAGCAAUCGGUCGAGCAGCGGCGCCUGCUCUGAUCCCUUCCCGGCUGACAUCGAUCGGCCUGUUUAGUUUAGUUAAAGAGACGCACGACGGCACCCGAAAGAGUGCAAGCUUUUUCACAAGAGAGUAGAGGGUGGCUGGCGCCGCUCGCUCGCCAUGGACUCACGCUUCGGCUUCCGCUUCUCUUCCAGCGACUUGCGGUCGGGGAGCUCGCUGUCGCUGGGGGAGCGCCUGUGCGCGGUCUUCUUCCCCUUCGUAGCCAUCGCGGAGGCCGUCUUCUUCGCCCUCACCGACUGCCUCUUCGACCUCCGCCCUGACUCUUCCAGACACUGCCGCGCGGGCGCCGACUCCUCCGCCGGCGCUGCCGUCUUCUUCGCCGCCAAGAAGAAUAGGAGCCAAUACCACCAUCGGCGCCGCCGCAUCGGCUCGGGCGGCUGGACCGCCCUCAACCUUCGCCAGCUCGCGCGCCUCGCCGACGAGUCCCGAUGCUUCUCGGUGAACGAUGUGGAGGCCCUCUUCGAGCUCUACAAGAAGAUCAGCUGCUCCAUCAUCGACGACGGCCUCAUCCACAAGGAAGAGCUCCAGCUGGCGUUGUUCAAGACUCCGAGUGGCGAGAAUCUUUUUCUUGAUAGGGUUUUUUAUUUGUUUGAUGAAAAGAAAAAUGGUGUAGUAGAGUUUGAUGAGUUUAUUCAUGCUCUAAGUGUCUUCCAUCCGUUGGCACCUAAGGAAGACAAGAUCAAUUUUGCAUUUAGGUUGUAUGACUUGAGGCAAACUGGGUUUAUUGAGCGUGAGGAGGUUAAGCAAAUGGUUAUUGCUAUUUUGACGGAAUCUGAUAUGAAAUUAUCAGAUGACCUUGUUGAGGCCAUUAUAGAUAAGACAUUUGAAGAUGCGGAUGCCGACAGGGAUGGAAAAAUAAAUCAAGAAGAGUGGAAGGAAUUUGUAUUGCGCCACCCUAACCUAUUGAAGAACAUGACGCUACCCUAUCUAAGGGACAUCACAACCGUCUUCCCUAGUUUUGUUUUCAACACGGCAGUUGAAGAUUGAGCAGUAUGGGGAUUGCUUGAAUUGCACAGGAUUCCUAAAUCCUGAUGACUGGUGGCUGCUGAUUAUGUUAACGUUCUUGUUGAUAUUGCCGCCCCAACUCCCAACAAACAGAUGUAGCUCAUCACGAGCACUUCCCGAAGAAACAAUCACCAUUGAGGCAGCCAUCUGAGAUUCAGUUUUGCUCAUCCUGCAAAUCAAGGCCCAUCAGCGAUGGUGAAUCAGCAAAGGAUCAUCCAAUUCAAAUUUCUUGAGUCCGUAACUGUACGUACAUACACCAUUCCUUUAGCUCGCAGAAAUUCGGAGGCAAUUGUAAAUAUGUUAGAUUGUAUGAGGAAAUCCAAAAGUUCCUGAUAUGCCAGCCAGUUCUGUAAUCAACACUUGUUUCUUGGAAGUAAUUUCCUCAUUAAUACUCUCUUCUGAACAUUA